CAAAACUCAACUUAGUUGUGGUACUGUCUUCCUUCAAAACGCAAUGAUGUGGGAGGAAGUAUUUGCAAAAGCAACUUAACUUACUCGGGGCAUGUGAUUCAGAUCCAGAAAUUCUUUGAUGAAUGCCGAGUACUGCUCCUUCAGAUGCGAAUGCCGACUCAAUUUUCGCUCAAGACUUAGAAAUCGACGAUAAGACUCUCCUAGCGGCUCUGUUCUCCGGCAAUCGCACUGAGUAUUCGCCGGAUGGUAAGUGGAAGAAGUUUUUGGCAAAGUGCUGCUCACAUUCCAACUCUUCCUAGCUGGCCUUUACCAAAGGCUCUUCCAAGCUUUCAACUUCCCAAAACGCCGAACCAAAUCUUCCAGAGGAACGUCCAACUGACCAGCUUCGCUAUCAGUGAGGCUAGCAGCAUCCAGAGGAACGUCCAACUGACCAGCUCGCUAUCAGGAGUGAGGCUAGCAGCCAAAAACGAGGUACUACGUAGUCUCUCAAAAGCCCUGGUCGCGACCCAAGGCGAGUUCAAUCAAAAGAUUGACCGCUGUGAUUUGUUGAACGAAGGAUCAGCCAUUAUGUUCGAGGGGAUUUUCCAAUCCGAAAUAUCGAUGUUGAAGCUGACUCUUCAGUAGAGACGCUUAUGUCUCUGAGACCCGUGACGACUGUCAUCGACCUGAUUUUCCUUAACUGAAGUAUCUGUGCGAAACGGGAGGUGACCAUGUGCAACUGAGAGGCUGAAUCUAAUAAGGCCCUACAGGGAACCAAGCAACCAGAACUAUUUUUUAUCAUUACCACUGCAGUGGCCAAGAGCACAACACCAGACUGAAGCCCUUGGACAGCAAGAGAGGUAAUGGAGUAAGAGUGUGUCAAAGUGGCGAUGCUCAAAUCAGACGAAGUAUGUGAUGGUGUCGACGCUUCAGCUUUUGGUGAAGUAGCAAAAUACAGCAGGGUACGAUGCUUUCCUCACAAGUACGACAAUGACUACUACUGCAAGACCGAGUUUGAUAUCCUUUCCUUAGGCAGUUAUAACAAAAGGCUAGAUUGUUAACUUCUUUAUGCCGAAGAGAAUGA